AUGCUGGUCAUUUCUCAUCUGGAUUACUUGAAGAAGACUACAGCUACGGCGCGUGUAGCGAUCCGCUUUCUGGAGCAUGAAACGCAUUCAGGCAAUCGAUUCCUACGUCUUCAACGUCCAGAAGAACAACCAGAAAAGCUGACGCAGCUUUCACGAUGGGCUUCCGGCAGAAAAGUGGCGAAAUCCGAAUCCCCUGACGGCGCUCCUCCUGUGACGGGACCACCGGACGACGAUGAUCCAGUUGCCAAUCCACGAGUUGUGAAACGAUGGCUAAGCAUUUUGGAUUGCGCUGUUUAUUUUUCCCAGACCAAAAUUUCCAUGCUACUGACGGAAGAUGCAAAGCGACCGGAAACUGAUUCGACUGAUCAAAGUGUUGUUUCGCAAGCACCAAGCAGAGAUUGUUCCCCAGCUGCGCUGCCACUCAACAUCCAGUCGUCCUUAUGCUGUGAUCUACUGCAUCUCAACCGGAUAUCCUCCGACACUAACGUGCCUUGCGCCGAUAAAACUUCCUUGGUCUCCAUUUUGGUCGGAUCUCGUGAGGCGGCACCUAGUGACACAAUAGUGCCUCAGGAAUUUGUGGGCCUGGUCAACAAAUAUGAUAUCCACCUCGAGUUACUCCGUGAUUUCAUGUCCCGGUGGCGUAGAAGUCGCCAGUCGCACACGAAAGCCAAAUCCAAGGAGAGAAAUGUGACAUGA